AUGAAUACUGAACAUUCUGUUUUCAAUGUGAUGGGUCAAGAUUUUGCCGUUCAAAAGGGCUAUGAAGUUAUAAGGGAUCUUGGAAAAGGUUCUUACGGCAUUGUUUGUGCGGCAAGAAAUAUACAAGGAGGCAUUCAUGAUAAAGUUGCUAUUAAAAAGAUUACAAAUAUAUUUUCAAAAAAGAUGCUUGCAAAAAGAGCAUUGCGAGAAAUUAUGUUAUUGCAGCAUUUUCGGGACCACAAAAAUAUAACUAUGCUUUAUGAUAUGGAUAUUGUUGAUCCUUGUGCUUUUAAUGAGCUUUAUCUUUAUGAAGAACUUAUGCAGGCUAAUCUGAAUAGUAUUAUACGUUCAAACCAACCGCUGACUGAUGCUCACUUUCAAUCUUUCAUUUAUCAAAUUCUAUGUGGUUUAAAAUACAUUCAUUCAGCUAAUGUUCUUCAUCGUGAUUUAAAACCUAGUAAUCUUUUAAUCAACGCAGAUUGUGAGUUAAAAAUAUGCGACUUUGGUCUUUCUAGAGGAAUGUUACUAAACCAAGGGCAAGGAACUGAAUAUAUGACUGAAUAUGUUACUACAAGAUGGUAUCGAGCACCAGAAAUUAUGCUUAGUUUUCAAAGUUAUAGCAAAGCCAUUGAUAUUUGGUCAGUUGGAUGCAUUUUGGCAGAGCUUCUUGGAAGAAAGCCCUUUUUUAAAGGCCGCAAUUACGUUGAUCAGUUAAAUCAAAUCUUUUGUAUUCUUGGAACACCAGAUGAGAAUAUUAUAUCUAAAAUAAAAAGCACUUCUGCUCAAAAUUAUAUUAGAGGGUUGCCUGUUGUACCAAAAAUAUCUUAUUCAAAAAUAUUUCCAUAUGCUAAUCCAGAUGCAUUGGAUCUUCUUAAUCGUUUACUUACAUUCGAUCCAGAUGAUCGUAUUUCAUGUGAAAAGGCACUAGAACACCCGUAUCUUAUUAUUUGGCAUGAUCCAAAGAAAGAGCCUGUUUGCUCUAAACAAUUUGAUUUCGGAUUUGAAGCAAUAGACAAUAUUGAAGAAAUAAAACGUAAAUAUUGA